AUGUGCAGCAACGGCCCCUUGGCUGAGGGAUGGGCGACGCCGGUGAGCAAUGGAGGGCAGCUGCUCCGCACCAGUGAGGGGUUCCUGCUCUGCUCGCCUCCCGUCCUCCUCUUUGAGAUGGGAUUAUGCGGUCUGGCACCAAAGAAGGCAGCCAUCACCGAGGGACCAUCGCUACCAGGACAGCCUGGCCAAGGAAAGAAGAUAGGUCAUCGAGGCGUUGAUGCUUCUGGUGAAACCACCUACAAAAAGACCACCUCAUCCACUCUGAAGGGAGCCAUCCAGCUGGGGAUUGGGUAUACCGUCGGCAAUCUGAGCUCCAAGCCAGAGAGAGAUGUCCUGAUGCAGGACUUCUACGUGGUGGAGAGCAUUUUUUUCCCAAGCGAAGGCAGUAAUCUCACCCCGGCUCACCAUUAUGCUGACUUCAGGUUCAAGACCUAUGCACCAGUGGCAUUCCGGUACUUCCGAGAACUCUUUGGGAUUCGACCAGAUGAUUAUUUGUAUUCGUUAUGUAACGAGCCUCUGAUAGAGCUGUCGAACCCUGGUGCCAGCGGCUCCCUCUUCUAUGUCACCAGCGACGAUGAAUUCAUCAUAAAAACUGUGAUGCACAAAGAAGCUGAAUUCCUACAGAAGCUCCUUCCUGGCUACUACAUGAAUCUGAACCAGAACCCACGGACACUGCUGCCGAAGUUUUAUGGACUGUACUGUGUGCAAUCGGGGGGCAAAAACAUCCGCGUGGUUGUGAUGAACAACAUUCUGCCUCGUGUGGUGAAAAUGCAUCUGAAAUUUGACCUAAAAGGCUCAACCUAUAAACGCCGGGCAUCCAAGAAGGAAAAAGAAAAGUCCAGCCCUACGUACAAGGAUCUAGACUUCAUCCAAGACAUGCCCGAGGGCCUGAUGUUGGAUGCAGACACCUUCAGUGCUUUGGUGAAAACGUUGCAACGAGACUGUCUGGUGUUGGAAAGUUUUAAAAUCAUGGACUACAGCCUCCUGCUUGGGGUUCAUAACAUAGACCAGCAAGAACGGGAGCGACAGUCUGAGGGAGCCCACAGCACGUCGGAUGAGAAGCGGCCCGUGGGGCAGAAGGCACUUUACUCCACGGCCAUGGAGUCCAUCCAGGGUGGGGCUGCCCGGGGGGAGUCCAUAGACACAGACGACACGUUCAUCAAGAAGCUAGAACAUACCUGGAAGGCCCUUGUGCAUGACGGGGACACGGUGUCAGUACACAGACCCAGCUUUUACGCAGAGAGAUUCUUCAAAUUCAUGACCAACACAGUGUUUCGAAAGAAUUCCUCUCUGAAGUCGUCUCCCUCGAAGAAAGGGCGUAGUGCCUUGCUAGCUGUCAAGACAGCUGGUCCAACAGCUGCAUUUUCAGCUAGCCAGCUUCCCUCUGAAAAGGACGAAACACAAUAUGAUCUUCGUGCGGCCAGGAGUUACCCCACACUUGACGAUGAAGGUGCUAAACUUAGCCAGGCCAAGGGAGAAGAAGCUACCACGGCCUCCAUAGCCACGACACUAUCUUCAACAUCUCUCUCUGUUCCCGAGCGAUCCCCUUCGGAGACCUCUGAGCAGCCCAGGUACAGGAGGCGCACACACUCCUCAGGGCAGGAUGGCAGGUCACACGAGGAGGUGCGGGUUGAGGAGGAGCUUCAGCAGAUCAGCGUCGAGCUGGAGCCCAAGUGCGACGUUGAGAUUGUACCUCCUGAAGAAGAUGACAAAGAGUGA